CGUCCGCUCGCGACGAUGAACGACCAUUCUCUCUACUCCGGCGUGUCUACGUCGUCGUGCGACGUCGGGAUCGUGACCGUCUCGUGCCGACACGGCGUGCGAGAGAUCGAACGCCAUUUCGCUGGCGGCGCGGCGCGUUUCUCGAAUCGAACAUCAUCGAACAUCGAACAUGGCCGAAGCCGAGCUGACGGCGAGCGGGGGUGGCGAUGACCGAGAAACGGAGAGGCCGCAAUUUGGAACGCGGAAUUUGCCGCACGACGGAAACGUCUUUCAGCACAAUGCGUGGGAUAAUGUCACAUGGGACGAGGAGCAAGAGAAGUUGGCGCAACAGAAAGUGGAUGAGAAUUCCAUUGUUACAAUAUCAUCUGAGCAACUUUUUAAAUAUGAAGCCGAAGCGGAUAAAUAUUGGGACAAGUUUUAUGGAAUACACAAUAAUGGAUUUUUCAAAGACAGGCAUUGGUUGUUAAUUGAAUUUCCAGAAUUAGCACCCAAUACUGUUAAACAGGAUACAGAAAGGCCCAUGAGAGCCGCUUUUACAGACCAAGAUGAAAAUUAUGGGGAUAAACACAUAAAAAUUCUUGAUUUACCAUGUAAAGACAAUUGUAGAAUAUUGGAAAUAGGAUGUGGUGUAGGAAACACCGUAUUUCCUAUACUCAUGUAUAAUACAGACCCAAAGCUAUUUGUAUAUUGCUGUGAUUUUUCAGCGAAAGCCAUCAAUAUAUUAAAACAAAAUCCUGCUUAUAAUGUAGAUAGAUGUAAAGCAUUUAUUUUGGACGUAACUCAGGAAACGUGGACGACUCCUUUUGAGCCUGAAAGUCUAGACAUCAUCGUUCUUAUAUUCGUAUUGUCUGCCAUUCAUCCCGAUAAGAUGCAACAUGUUAUGCGGCAAAUGUACAAGUAUCUCAAACCGGGUGGAAUAAUUUUGUUUCGUGAUUAUGGCAGACACGAUUUAGCUCAAUUGAGAUUUAAGAAGGGCAACUGUCUUGGCAAGAAUUUCUAUGUGCGUGGAGAUGGUACCAAAGUGUACUUCUUUUCACAAGAGGAUGUUAGAGAAUUAUUUACCCAUAAUAGCUUCAUUGAAGAACAAAACUUUGUAGACAGAAGGCUGCAAGUUAACAGAGGUAAACAGUUGAGAAUGUAUAGAGUAUGGGUGCAGGCAAAAUAUCGAAAGCCAUCAUAAAAACUAUGUAAUGUGUUUAAUGUUAUCGAAUUAAAAAAAAACAGAUGUUACGUAAAUAGAAUAUUACGUUACAUAGAAUAAUUGCAUAGAAAUAUAUUUUUAUAUAUUGUUCUCGCUCUCAAGUCAACUUAUUCUCAUACAAUAAUAUUUCAAUAAUAUGUAAAUUUUUUAGAUUAUUAAAUAAAACCAAACUAGACCAAAUUAACGAAUUAAAUAUGUAAGAUCGGGAUUUAACAGGCUCUUAAAUAUCGAUCGCAUUACAAAAUAAAUUAGUUUUCAAACUG